AUGGAUGACAUUAUUAUACCUUCAGGUUCUAACAGUAAGUUAAACUAAAAAUUAUUUUAAAUUAAGUAACAUAAUUAAAGUAAUGAUUUUAUGGUUUUUACAACCAUUUUACACUUUUUUAUAGUGUAUUUUGCUUAAUUUAGGUGCGCCAUCUACAAUUUCAUUCGACGAUCUUCAAGAAAUGGAGGCAGAUCUUACCGUCCAGAUGUUACAGAAAGUAUUUUCUAACUUUGAAUGUAUGAGGAGAAACUCACAAUUAUGCGAUGUUAGAAUCAAGUGUCAAAAUUCUUAUUUCUUGGCACAUAGAUGUGUUCUUGCAGCUGCUAUACCUUAUUUUAAUGCUAUGUUCAGUACCGAGUUUGUUGAGACUGAAAUGGAAGAGUGCGAAAUUCAAGGUGUUUAACAAAAAUGGAAAACUGAUGCAUAUAUCGAAAAUUACAAAAUCAAAGGUGUUUACAACGUUAUUAUUUUCAGAAAUGUCAUCGGACUGCCUGGAAGCUAUAAUCGAUUUUGUUUACACCGGUAAAAUUCACCUAACCAUUCAAAAUGUGACCGACCUGUUAGUGGCAGCCGACUUUUUCAAUCUCGAACUGCUCAGCACGGAAUGUGCCAACUUUCUAACGCUAAAAAUUACGCAUUACAAUGUUCUCGACAUACGACAAAUGGCACUACGACACAAUUGUAAGAAGGCGGUAAGAGCGGCCGAUCGAUUUAUUCAACGGCAUUUUGUUGCCAUUUCCGAAACACCGUUGUUUUUGAAAUUGGAUUUGGAGCAAAUUACCGAAUUUUUGGGUAUGGAUGAACUUCAUGCCGAGUCGGAAGAAGAGAUAUACCAAGCAGCCAUCAGAUGGCUGAAAUAUUUACCGGAAAGGAGAGAAGUCGCGUCAAAGUAAGUAAAGUUACAAUGUUGUUGGGUAUGAGCUACAAUUGCCAUAAGCUUGGUAUAACGGUCAAUGAAUGUAGCACCAGUAAUGACAAUUGAGUAGUAAUUUAAGGCUAUAUGGCAUACAUGUUGUACACAAGUCGAAAAAAUACGAUGAUAUUGUCUUCAAGUUGAGAAAAGGAGACUAAUUUCAUGUAUUUUUAAUAUGAACUUGAAAUUACAGUUGUUUGUACAAAUUUUUGUGAGCAGUUAAUCUGAAAUGCUUAAAAGUUUGUCGACAACUUAUGAAAAUAUGUCAUAAAAAUAUUAAAUAAUGAAGAUAUGACAAGAAUAACAAAUGCAAUUAUUAAAAAAUAUUUGAUAAUAUGAAAAAAUUGUGAGAAUGACAUUUUAACCGAGUACUAUAAGGAAGGGGCCCAACACGGUGUGUUAAGCGUUUUUUCAGAAUUUGCAUAACAGUAGGUUACAGUAUCAAUACUAGCUUCUGAAAUUUUUACGACAAGAUCUAUCAAAACCGAAACAGCAUAGAAUGUUUGUCGUAAAAGUUUCAGGAGCUAUUAUUCAUACUGUAACCUAUUGUUAUGCAAAUUUUGAAAAAACGCUUAACACACCGUGUUGGGCCCUUUCCUUGUGGUACUCCAUUUCAGAUUACUCCAAAAUGUGCGUCUAACGUUGUUGGAUAAAACUUUCUUGAUUGAUGAAGUUGCGACGAAUUCCAUCAUUCACAACUCGAUUAGUUGCCGAGAUUUGUUCGACGAGGUGAAGGAGUUUCAUUUGAUACCAGAACGACGACAAAAAUUGUCUAAAUUUCGGUUGGAGUCAAGACAUUGUUCGGAGAUACCAGGAAUCAUAUACGCUUGUGGUGGAUUGGGAAUGAAUACUGAUUGUAGGCCGGCUAGCAAGGUUAGUAUUAAUGUUAUAGUACUGUAUACUAGUAUUAUUGGUAAAGUACUGUAGAUUAGUAUUAAUGUUAAAGUACUGCAGAUUAGCAUUAGUAUCAAAGUACUAUAAAACAUGGAUUUUAGGCUGAAAUGUACGACCCACUGGCCAAGAAAUGGAUGCCAAUCAACUCAAUGAACUCCGUUCGAACCAGAGUGGGCGUAUCAGCAUUAAAUGGCAAAUUGUACGUGAUGGGCGGUUACAACGGAGAAGUACGGUUAAGUAUUGUUGAAGUUUUUGACCCAAAAAGAAACGAAUGGUCUAAUGCCUUACCUAUAUUGACUAAACGAUCAGCUAUGGCCACUGUUGUGUAUAGGGACAAGAUAUACGUGAUUGGCGGUUUCGAUGGAAAAUCUUUGGCUGAUGUGGAAAGCUACUCACCUAUUACUGGAGAAAGAAAGUUUUUGUUUCCCAUGAGGUCACCAAGGUCGGCCGCCGCGGCCGUUGUAUUGAAGGGAUGUAUAUACGGUAAGCAUUUGGUUGACUAUGAUUCUAGGACUAAAAGGUUGUUUUUAUGAUACUAUUUUAUUAUAUUAUACUAAAUCAAGUUUUAAAACUCAUAUAGUUUUCUGUUGUCUCAAUUUUUUUCUGUUAUUAUAGGUAAAAGGAAUGUUAUUCUAUCUUAAUAUUUAAAAUAAACAUCAUUUCAGUAAUCGGAGGUCACAACAGCUGUGCAAUUUACAAUUCUGUUGAGAAGUACGAUUUCCAAACUGGCCAAUGGACUAUUUUGAAGCCAAUGAAAAAGCCCAGAUGUCGACAUGCGGCAGUAGUAUAUGAUGACAAUAUCUACGUGAUUGGCGGAUACGAUGGUCGAGAAUUCCUUAGCUGUACAGAAGUUUACGAUCCAGAAACCAACAGCUGGAAAGACGGUCCAUCGAUGAACUUGAAACGAGGCAGAGUUAGUGCAUGCGUCAAUGGAAACGCCAUCUACGCGGUUGGUGGAUAUCACGGGGAAAUGAAGUACUGUAGCAUGGAGAUACUCCAAAUGCAGCCGGAACCCAAGGAUUUGUUUAACAAGAAUGUAAAGUUAGGUGAUGGCAAGAUGAGAAAACACGAGCUUGUUUGGCGGAUGGGACCAAAGAUGCAACUACAUGAAGGUGGUGUAAGCAUCGCUGUCAUACCGAUAUCUCCGAAAAAGUUGUGCAGCAUUAGUCAAUGUGAGGAAGACGAAGAAGAAAUGAUACGAAAGACGAACGCCUUGAAUUUGGACGAUUCUGAAUCAGAAGGAUUAUAUCGAUUGACAGAGUAA